ACAAGCAACCCUAACCACCGGGCCAACGACGCCAUUGUGUUGGACGGUCGACCCCAAAUCAUUGCUGCUCGUUUCACUUUCGGUACCCUCGAUCUCUUGUCCAUGGCAAACGAAGAGAUUGAAGUCCUCUGCAGACCCCAAAUGGUCAAUUGUGACAAGCCACAGAACUGGAAGAGUCUCGGCAGACAGUGCACCGACUCCAACGGGCGUCUUGCUUUUCAAAUUCCAGAUGCUCAUCGUCUUCCUAUCGGUCUGCAUCGUAUACAAUUAGUUCCAUCCUCCGGUGACCCGGAUGAACAGACCGUGGGGCUUACCAUGGCCAUCGUACCUCCUGGCUGCGACGUGGUAAUCUGCAGCAUUGAUGGCUCAUUUGCUGCAAGCCUCUCGUUAAUGGGCAAGGACCCCAAGGUACGUGCUGGAAGUGUAGAUAUAAUGAGACAUUGGCAUAGUCUGGGGUACCUUCUCAUCUAUAUGUCUGCCCGCCCGGAUAUGCAACAUCGACAGGUCUCUAUGUGGCUCAACCAACACAACUUUCCUCCCGGCCUCACCUUCUUCCUUGAUGGGCUUUUCACUGAUCCCCUCCGACAAAAGGCUGUUUUGCUCAAAUCCCUCAUUGAGCAGAACCAACUCUCUGUACACUGCGCCUAUGGAUCAGCGAAAGAUGUGCCAAUUUACCGGUCAUUGGGUCUUCAAGCACAUCAAAUAUUUGCUGUUGGGAAGCUUUCGCGUCGCCAAGCUCAGGAAGCUACGAUGGAAGUUGAAAGGGCGAAGUGCUUACUUGGUGAAGCCCUGGAAGCCGACGAACAGGGAAACAUCACUGAUGCCAUCAAUCUGUAUAGUCAGGCGGUAGAAAUACUUCUCAAAGUGUGGGUCCGUCCGAGUGACUAUAUCAGUGACCCCACUAUGAUUAUUGCUGUUUCCUGCUUUCCCGUUCGUCAAACCUGUGUUACCGAUUGCUCUUUUGUCGCCUCAAUAGCAGUAGCCGCUCAGUAUGAACGCAGGUUCAAAAAACGCCUCAUUACCAAUAUUAUAUACCCACAAAAAAGAAACGGUGAGCCAGUCUACAACCCAUGCGGAAAGUAUAUGGUAAAACUUCACUUGAACGGUGUUCCUCGGAAGGUAAUAAUAGAUGACCUUUUGCCUAUGGGCCAACGCGACGAAUUGCUAUGCUCGUUUUCGACCAACAGGAACGAACUUUGGGUUUCACUUCUUGAGAAGGCGUACAUGAAAGUAAUGGGCGGCUACGAUUUUCCUGGCUCGAACUCGAACAUUGAUUUGCACGCCUUGACAGGCUGGAUUCCUGAACGGGUUUCAAUCAAGUCUAACGGAAGUGAUGAUUUUGAUGCGGACCGUGAAUUUCGUCGCCUGGCAACCCGAUUUCAUCAAGGCCACUGCCUCGUAACUGUGGCGACGGGUGUCCUUACACCUGAAAUUGAACAACGCAGCGGUCUUGUGCCUACUCACGCCUAUGCCCUCCUUGAUAUGCAGCAAGUCAAUAAUACGCGCCUGCUACUUCUUAAGAAUCCUUGGAGUCGUACACGAUGGAAAGGAAAUUUUUCCGAGUUGGAUUCAAAGAACUGGACGCCUGAAUUGCAGGAGAAGCUCAAUUAUGAUCUGAAUAGCGCCCGCUACACUGACAAUGGCGUAUUUUGGAUAGAUUACAAAUCCCUUUGUCAUUUCUUUGACGUCUUCUACAUCAACUGGAAUCCAGAGCUCUUCCCUUACACUACGUGUGUCCAUAGCCAGUGGUCGUCUUCUGAAGGUCCAAAGAAAGACAUGUACUCAUUUUCAAACAAUCCACAGUACACUCUGGAGGUUCAGGCUAAAUCUCAAGCUCCGGUUUGGAUACUCCUCACUCGACAUAUAACUAACAAGAACGAUUUUGCACAUAACAACGAAUUCAUUGGAGUUGUUGUCUACAAGAAUAUCAAAAGCCGAAAGGUCUACCAUCCAAAUGACCCUAAUCCUUUCAAGGACAGCGUUCGCAUAAACUCGCCCCAUUGUCUCAUCCAAAUGGUCCAGGAGGCAGGCACGGUCACCUAUACUCUCGUAGUGUCCCAAUAUGAGAAAAACAACACCAUUCAAUACACCCUGAGAGCAUAUUCCACUGCACCACUCCAAUUUGGUCGAAUCAUUGACCCCUAUACUUUUUCGAAAACGGUCAACGGGGAGUGGAAAGGUCAGACGGCCGCAGGCUGUCCGAAUUACCCCAACUUCGGGGACAACCCUUGCUACGAACUAGUCUGGCAGAACAAUGAAGUUGACAACCAGGUUCUUGUAGAAAUGCGGGGUCCCCGAGAAUUUGCCAUAGGUUUCAAUUGGGACGCCGAGGUCCUAAACAACCCUUCACCUCUCAACCACAUUCGCUCGACGUCGACAGGAAACUAUCGUCGGGGCUACACCAUGUUGGAAUUAGCGGGCCUCUCGGGAGGCAAAUACAAAAUCACAGUGGCCACCUUUGAGCCUCACCAGGAGGGCCCCUUUAUCCUCUCUGUCAAGUCCACCCGUCAGCUGACCCUCACGCGAUGUCGCUAA